AUGAGACAUUCAGGAAUUUGGGUGAACGAAUUACAGUAUGAAAGUUACAAAAUCGACGGAAUCGUUGCUGGAGAUUCAAUUUCGUUUUCUAAUCUCAAAGCAGCAAUUGCAGCCGAGUUGGAUAUUGAUGUAUCAUGGAAAGAUAUUGAAAUUCGUUACAUUGUAGAAGGUAACUCCUGUCCGAUGAAGGUUAAGAACGAUAUGAGUGUUAGACUAUAUUUAGAAUUGAAAAAAAAUGAGCCAGGAUUUUCAAUGUAUCCAUUAUGUAUUGACACAAUUGAAAAGAUUGGUGGUACUGUACAUAACUUUGAUGGAACAUGUGGAGAAAUUACAUGUGUAGAAGGCACAACACAUGAUACAGAGGCUUUGGCAAUGGUUGAAUCUAGUUUAUUUGAUUCGUAUGAAAAUCCAGAAUUUGGAGUUACAAAUGUUAUAAUCAAUUCAGAUAGUCUAGAUGUGAAGACAGGUCAGAUAUAUAAGGAUAAAGCAACACUUGUAGAUGUGAUGACGAAAUAUAAGAUAAAGAACAACUUCAAUUGCAAAGUAAAGAGAUCUGAUCAACAAAGCUAUGUGUUGGUAUGUUUUUCAGACAAAUGUGGUUGGACUAUGAAGGCGUCCUGCAGGAAAAAAUCUGAUGUUUUCAUUGUUAAAAUUUUCAAUAGUGAACAUACGUGUCCGAUGAGGGAGAGGGUAUUAACCAAGGUCCAAGCAACAGUUGGAUUUGUAAGUGGAGUUACUGCUAAAAAUUGGUCAAUCAUAAACGAAUUUAUACUCCGAAAGAUAUAA